AUGAUCAAACCACAUGUUGGUAUUCUUAGAUUUUACUCACCAAAAACUCAGAAAGAUAUCGUAAAAUGGAGAAAAUUGCUCAAUCGUAAGCCCUUCAAAGUCACGUCAAAUACGAAGGUUUGUUCGAACCACUUUCAAGCAGGUUACCGAUCCGAGGAAUGCCCCAAUCCAACGCUUUAUCUAAAAGGUUAUUGUCCUGAUAAACAGAAGAAAACCCGUCCAUCCCCGAAAAAAAGGGAAAGUUUGGCUCCUAAACCUAAAAGACAACGUCGAAGUAACAUUUGCUUGGCAGAUUCCUAUUCAGACUAUUCAGAAUUUGAUGUAUCGCAUGAUAAAUCACAGUCAGUAUCAUCCCUAUCUAAAGAAAUUUAUUGCAGUCAUAUCCAUAAUAACGUGAAGAAAGAACCAGAAGACGAUUUUAGCGAGUCGAGCAGUAGUUUUUCAUCACUGUUUUUUAAUGGUUCAGAUGAAAUAUCAAAUGAUUAUGACACAUCAGUUGAAAUAGAUGUAUCUGAAGAGAAUGGAAAGAAAUCUCGAAGAGAACUGUUCGUCAAACAGGCUACAUCUAAUAGGAACUGUUUUAGAUACACAGGGGUCACUAGAGAAAAUCUGGACUUAGUGUUUGAUUUGAUAAAGGGAAAGGCAAAGUCUUUACGCUAUUGGAAAGGAUCUGUUGAUACACCAGGUUCAAGAAGGGAAAAGAGACGGGCCCAAACCAGACUCUUGUCAUGCUGGGAGGAGUUUGUUCUUACAUUAGUAAGAACACGAAAGGGUUUUGAUGUUCACUUUCUUGCUGACACUUAUUUCUCCAGCCUAUUGCAGAGGACCUCGGCUUUCCUCCAUUUUAAGGCUGAAACAUUUCCGAAUUUUGUCUGGAGUAAUCCCAUUACUGCUAAAGAUGAUGUUGGAUCGUAUUAUCCUGGUUCGUGCAGCAUUAUCCAACCUUCAAAAGCAGCUAAUCAAGUGAACUACAGAAUUAUAACAGUAACAAUGUUGAAUUCACUUGAAGUAAUUUAUGGGAUAUUUCAUAUAAUUUGA